AGGCCUAUGUGUGUAGGUCGGUCCCUAGGUUUGUGGUUUUAGCUUUUCAAAGGAGCGGAGCUAUUAUGGGCUAUGGGAUCAAGUUCGGAAAAACUAGUCUUCUUUAUCUUGAAAAAUGGCUUUGUAACAGGAGGCGCCAAGGAGCUUAAGUACACAUAACUUGCGCACGGGAGGGAAAAAUGACGAAAGUUCCUCAGGGGUUUGAUUUCAGUUUCCUAAAUGAGGAAGAAGCCAGGAAGAUCCUCCAGGUACUGGAAAGAAAUGAGGAACUCCGAAGGGCAGAGAAGGACAGGAUCAGCAAACUUCAGAAGACAAAGAGGGAUAUCAGAUGGCUUCAAGGAGCUACUGGUGAAUGGUUUGAAGAAAUUCAAAGAAAGAAAUUUUGCAAUGAAACAGAUGUGAGCCAGAUGUUAAAGCCACCACUUACAUACAGGCUACGGAAGGGGAUGGCAAAAAAUGAUCCUAUGGAAUUACAAACAUCAAGAUCAAAAACCUUAAUAAACCAAAAACCAUCUGUUUCUCCCCGAAUGAGCUUCCGGUCAUCCUUUGCUUCACUGUUCUCCUUCAGAAGAUCCGGGAAGGAGACGCUUAAGCUUCAGUCUCAGAGACGGAAGGGGUAUGAUGACCGUGUAGGACCUUCUGUGUCUGUGAGGGAGACAACGGUGGCAAAAAUAUACAACUCACCGGUUGGGAAUCAACCAGUCGCCAGUGUGUUUGUCCCUAAGCCAGCCAUCAUGAGGGAGGAGAGUGGCAUGCCUCCACCCUGGGAUUCUUCUCCACUGGAAAGUGAGUUUUUCCAAGUUUUAGAUGAUUUGGACAGCAAGCUAGCUCAGGAACACUCUGCGGGCUCAGUAAAUACCAGAGUGCCAUUCAACUAUGGAUCAAGAACACCGUUCCAACAUUCCCACUCGAGUAGGAACGGGCAUGGUCAUACCACAGGAAGGCACCAAAACUACCACAGUGAAACUUCCAACAUGUCCAUCUAUGACAUCCUGAGACCAGGAACUCCUAGAGAAGGCUUUAAAACCUUUUCUCCCAGAACAAAGACAAUUUACGAUAUGUACAGGACCAGGGAGCCCAGAGUCUUAAAAGAGGACUUCAUGCAAAAGAAUACGUUCGGCAGUACAUCCUUGUGCUUUGAUGGCCGGCAGCGCUCAGCCUCACCAGCCACAGGGCGUUUUACUGCAAAGAGUUUACACUUUCCGGCUGCUACUCCAAACAAGACUAGUUUUACACCAGUAAGGCGCCAGCAAAGCCCUAAAAGAACUCCUUUAUCAUCCAUCAUGUGGAAUAGGCCAGAUUCUUCUAGACAUAGGCAGAAUCGGGACGAAUCACUGGGGGCACCAUCACCAAUGGACAUUGACCCUGCUGAUCAGUAUGUGGCUCCUAAGUGUUUUCAGGAGAGUAGGAGGUAUGAGUUGUACCAUUCACAGAGUGUUCACCAAAGCAUCCCUUUAAAUGCCCCCAUGGACAAUGCAAUGAGUCCUGACACAUUGGAGAACUCAGAGAACAUGCCAUUCUACCAUCAGAAUAACCCAUUUGCAAGGUCUUUCUUUAGCACUACCUUCAGACAGAGCAGAGAACAGAGAUUUGGACAGAAUUCCUUUUGGAGCCAACAGAAAGAACAUUCUUUCUGGUCUGACUUACACCAGGGCAGGAAGCCAUUGCCUUCUGACAGGGACUUUGAAAUGAUUUCUGUUGAAGCAAAUAGGGCACCAUCUGUUUAUGACCACGGUGUCCCUUCUCAACACUGGAGGCCACAUUCUCCUGGUUGUGGAACAUAUGUUUUCAGAGGUCAAGAGGAUCCACAUUGCUGGCGAUCUGAUCUUCAAACAUCCCCACUGGAGAGCAUGGACACAUCACAUGCCAAUGAGAACGAAUUUCCACCCCAUUUUGUCACACCAGAUGGAUUUUCCAUGACUAGCUCAAGCUGCCACAUCCAAUCUUCUGGGCUGGACUAUCAGCAGGGCCACUGUCCUAUAGACAUAGCUGUAGAUGAGGAGCUGUGUGGCAAGGCUCAAACUCUAAUAUCCUCAUUCAGAACUUCCUUCCCCUUGAUUCCUGAUGCCAGAAGGAAUUCUCAGAGUCCCAGCUUCCCGAGCUCCACAGUUACUUUGGAGAAAAUAAUCCCUAAUAAGCCAGAUUAUCUUCCAAUAAGAAACUUUACAGAAGUUACUGUGGCUGGUGGCCAUUCCACUGAAUCACUGUCUCUUCCUGAAACCCAGCCCAACACCCCAGUCACAGAAAUGAACAGUGAGAAAGACAUGAAUGAAUCUAUUUCAGGAAAUGAACAGCUAAACAAGGUGGGCCAGAAAAACAAGGCAAGUGGGUUACCCCAACCUAUUUCACAGACAGUGAUCGCUAAUGAUUUACCUGAUUUUCAAAAGGCCCACUCCCAACACUUAACCCAAAACGACAGGUUUGCCUUUAAUGAAUCUGCCACAGUAAGUUCCAGAAGGUCCCCCAGGGUCUUUUCCAGGAAAGACACUUCCCAAACACUUAUAGCACAAAGAGAUAAAGCUCACGAACUGAAGGAAGAUGAAGGGUUUCCUGGGAGCAGGAAAGUUGACUCCACAGCCUCCCUGCCUUUCAUCCAAGAACCUGCAAUGCUGCCAUCUCUUCCCAGCCCAAAUCAAAGUUGUCACCAGAAAACAGGAAGUAAUGAAGAGGGUUUGAGCAUCAUUAAAAAUAACCACUGGUGCUUUGAACCCACUGCUACCCAAAAAGCAGAGUCUCCAGGGGAGCCUGCUAAUUUAGACCUUGAGCGUCAACAACAUCCUUCCACCCAUUCUACCAAUGGCAGCAAGCUGGCCGCCAGGCACAGAGUCUGGCAGGACUCUGGAGAUGUGCCAUCAGGUGUGCCCCAAGAUUCUUUACCAUUGAGUGAUUCUUUCCCUGAUGCUCUUUUGAUACCUUCUAUGACCAUGUUCUCCAGGAGGCUUUCAGACCAAGAUCCAUCUCAAGAAGAAAGAGAAGAAAAAGACCAGGCUACAAAGAACCAAAAUAACCAGUUGGCUAUAAAUUCCACAGAUAACCAAGAGAGUCAUGACGGUCCUGCAUUUCUGCAUGAUGCUGUUCACUGCCAUCCGUACUCUCCCUUCAGAAACGGGAGGGGGAAAGGAAGAGUCAGACGCCAUGUGUCCUGUAUUGAGAAGCUAACCAAGACUGAGAAUAGAGCAGCACCCACAAGUGAAGGCAGCAGCCUCACAGAGGACCAAAGUAGCGUCAGAGCCCCUGAGCUCAGCACAGUCUAUUGCACCUUGCCAAGAAAGCCAGCCAGCUUUCUCACACACAGCAGACAGCAAGAGAAUAAGAGAAUGUCUGCUUCAGUUAGGAAUGGGCCACUUCCUUUCCAAAUAAAAAAUAAAGUGGAUGUUCUGACUGGGAAGAGCACAUCUGAUCAACCCAGUUCUCCCCCAUCAGUGAGUGAUGCUUCAAAUUCCAUCAUGGGAAUGCCUGAAGCCACCAAGAAGAUGACAGAUAUGAGAGCCAUUAGGUCGGCUUCUGUUAGAAAAGGGCCACUCCCUUUCCUCAUCAAGAGGGCGAUAUCCUGUCCUUCGGGGGAGCCAUGUACCUUGGCUAGAAGUGAUGAAAGAGAAAAGUCACCAAUCCUGGAUGUGGAUGCUUCUGCUGUAAUGCCCAGGCCUUGGGGGAGAAUCUUCAAUUCUCUGGAAGAUAACUCAUCAUUUGAAGAGAGUACUUUCACCGAAAGACACAACCAAAAGGAACUUGCUCAUGAACCCACUGGAAAGCUUGAGGAGAUGCCUGCCCCCGGAAUGAGCUCGUCCACCCUUUCAAACAAAAGCCCCAAGCCUCUGCGUGCAGACACAUCAGGAAAAGAGAGUGGGAAGGCAUUACAUAAGUUAAAGACAACUAGUAUGUUCUCUGUUUCUGGUGAUGAAGAGAACGUGAAAUGUCUUGAGGUGGUUUCAAUAUAUUAUACUCUACCAAGAAAACCCAGCAAGAAAUUCUGCAGCCUCCUUCAGCAGUAUGCACAAGGUACAGAUUCACUUCGAGACGCUUUUCAAGGGAAGACUGAAGCAUUUCCUAGUGCUUUAGAACGUGAUGAGUUAAAUUGUCCUGCCCAAGUGCAGUCAGGAAUACCUCCACCACAAGACCUAAAGAUGCAGGUUGACUCUGCUCCACGCUGUUGUUCUCACAGCACUGAAAAUAAGGAGGCUUCUGAAUCUACCUUGGAGGAAAUGGCUUCUGUGGGGCCAGAUGUUUCUCUUCCUAAGGGAGAACCUAAGACCAAAGAGAUUUCCCCGGGUAGCUUAGCUAAAACAAACAUGGAUGAUUCACUAAGGAGAAAAAAGAGAGGGGGGAAAUUGCCAAGACAAAUUCUACAGAGCCCAUUACUGCCUCAGGAAAAAAAUGCUGGAGCAGAAAACACUGAAAACCAUCAACAGCCUUCUAAAGGAGGAAAUGGUGGGCCCCCUGGUCUCCCAGCCCACUCAGAAGGUAAUGUGGAAAAUUCCCAAACCAGAAGAAAUUCUGGAGCAUGUGCAGGUGGUACAGCCACUGUAUCAACAGGAAACGGAUGGUAUCCUUGGAGAGAUUACAUGGCUGUAGCUGUGGAUGACAGUUUUAGUGGGUCACAGCCCAGGGAAGCCAGUGGGACAACUGGAUCAGACUGCCAAAACCUGACUGAUAAGAUGCUCUCUGACUCAGAACCAGCCUUUGCUGUAACCCCAGCAUUGCAUAAACUGCAGCUUGCUGAAGGGGCUCAGUCAGGAAGAGCAGAUCUGCCCUCGGAACCCAGGCAGGCAAGAAGUCAGGGGACAAAUACAGCAGAGAGGAGGAAGGUUAAAGAUGAAACACAGAAGUUGGCGUGGGAUCAAACUCUACUUCCUGGAGGAAACAAUGAGAAUAAAACCAACAUGGGCGACCUAGAAACAAAAGAAAACAGAUACUCGGGUAAACACAGACUGGAAGCCAUGUCCAAAGCAAGCAGAAAAAUCCCAGCUAAGGAUUUAAGUCCCAGGAGACACAUAGCCACUCUCUUCUCCCAAAGUGAAAGCAAAUCUGGCUUUAGAGGGUUAUCUCUUUGCAGGUCAGAGGACAGCCCACUGUCCCCUGAACCUACCGUAAAAUCCACGGAGUCCACAGAUGAAAGCAGCCUGAUGAAUGUGGACAAAUCUGAAAGCCCUCUCCAAGCUACUGCAAUAGCCAACCCGGAACCUCCUUGUCAGUCCUGCAACCAGAGGUCUGCUAACAUUUCACAACCACAUCAGAAUGAGUCGAACAGUGUCUUAGGAACACCAUCAAAGAGUGAGGAUUUGGGAGAGUCAGGAGCCCUAGCUCGGCUCACACUUACCAGCCCCAUAGAAAAAAGCGCUAACCAUCACCAGAGGUUGAGUCCCCCCUUUCCCCUAGAAUCUGUGCAGAAAUCCACAAUAAACCUAUCCCAUUGUCAGCUGCGCCACUGCAGUGCCCCAUCUCCAGAGUCAGAACCUGAGCCUCACCUCUACAGGGCAAAGAGUUUAAAAAACUUCAAUGUGCAUGGUGAUCGGCUGUGCACAAGCCAUCCUCCCAAAGCCAGGGGGCGCCACUUCUCUGAAAACACUUCCAUUGACAGUGCUCUCAGUCAACUGUCCCUUGAGGAGGACUCUUCCCACAACAGUGCUUACAGUCGAAGAUUCAAAUCUUUUUCUGAGCUUCCUACCUCCAAUGAAAGUGACAGUUGGGCUUUGUGUAACAAUAGAACUAGAUCGGGUCCCAAGUCCACCUCAUCCAUUUCCAGGCCUAUUGACUAUGGAAUUUUUGGGAAAGAGCAGCAGUUGGCUUUCUUGGAGAAUGUCAAGCGGUCACUCACACAAGGAAGAUUAUGGAAGCCAAGUUUCCUCAAGAACCCUGGCUUCCUCAAGGAUGAUGUCCUUAAUGCUUCCAACCUGUCUCAGUCAGAGCUGGUGAAUCCUGGUGGUCGGUCGCCAGAAGAUGGCUUAUGUCCAAGUGGACCACUUAAUAUCUAUGAGGACGACCCGGUGGACUCAGACAGGGACACAGACACAACCACCGAUGAUGAGUACUACCUGGAUGAAAACGAUAAAGAGUCGGAACUAUGAGACUGAAGAAGCGGUCUAAUAGAAUACCCUACAAUUUGCUUUUUGCCAAAAAACAUUGUUGAACUGAGUCUAAAUUUAUAGACAGGUAGAAGAAAAUCUUGUUUGGGAAGUGUCUACACCAAAACAACCCAUUCCUUUCUUUUCUGUAUGUGUGUAUGUUUUUUUCUUCUGAAUUCUAAGAACAAUGAUUGCUGGUUUUGAAGGGUUUUGUUUGUUUUUCCUGGUAUUUUCUCCUGUGUGUUUGAACUUGGCCUUCUUACCUCUUCCCCCAACCCCAUCUCUACACCACUUUCCAAUCCUGGCUCCAUUUUCCCAUCACUUUUUUACAUCUCUUACACUUAAUAGUUUGGGCACAUGUUAAAACUUGUUACUUGUUAAUUAUCCAGCACAGUGGCAAAACUGUAUUGUCUCUCUCUGUCCACAUCCUGAAUUCCAGAUACUAAAUAUAAUGCAGGGAAAAGUGAUAGUUGGGUAAAGUACCUUCAUUAGAUGUGUACUGUGUUCCUGCAGUGCCCACAGAGGCACUGGAGGGCACUGGAGCCCCUGAAGUAACAAUGGUUGUUAGGAGUCGCACGGUGCUGCAACCAAACCUGGGUCCUCUGCAAGAGCUGCAAGUGCCCUUAACUCUCUCUGGAGCCACAAGAUAAAGGGGUUGUUAGGAGAAGACCCUUGACUUCAGUAGUGGAGUCUUGACACACAUGUUUAGAGUACAUGUUGAGGUUAACCAUGAAGGGUCAGUCCCAUUAGUGCCUUCAGGAAUUUCUCUGAAAUAGUUUGUGGGGGAUUGGCUGAACUUUGGAGGGCUAAGUUUUCAUCGGGCUUAACACUUGGGUGAAGCUCACAGGAUGCAGGCAAUGUGGUUUGGCUGCAGAGACGUAGCUAACAGAUGGAGGUGAGCAGACAGCGCUUUUUUGGACCAGCUUUGUUGCUGCUCUUUCCACGACUGAUUGUUCCCAUCUCUCCAGACCUGUGCAUUUCUCAUUUCCUUAUUUAUAGCCCAGACCGUGGCUGAUUAAACUUUUCUCACUUAAUUUCUUUAUAGCUCUGGGAAUUUUUACAUGCCCUCAUAUAUAUAUACACAUAAAACAGUUUUCUGGCUUAUACACAAAUUUAUCAUUUGUUUAAGAUAAAAAACAAACAUAUACUAAUGAGAUGGACAUCUCUGCUUAUCUAACGCAGUAUAAUCCAAGGAAGCUGUGAUGUCACCCACAAGCUGGGGAAUGAAGAAAUAACAAGUCUGUAAGUUCAUUUCUAUCUGAACAGACAUCUUUGCAUGUGCGGUAAAAGCAGUGCAGUUCAUAACAGAAUAAUAUCAGGUUCCCUGCCCCACUUCCCUUCCUCUACCGACUUCUCCCUGAACCCUUUCCUCUCCCUCUGCUCAGUACAAGGUAUGCAUGCUGUGUGCUGGAACCAGGGCUGCAGUGAAGUCAUGCCAUGAACCAUGGGUGAGCACUGCCAGGAUUUUUUAUGUUUAAUUUUGAAUUAAUUUUUGUUCAGUGCACAUUCAGAAACUUUUUACUGUUGGCAUUUUUUCAACCCUGCAUUUAGUUAUACAACCCCAUAGAGAGUGGGGAUCCAUGGUUAAAGAAGCUCUGGGCUUCUCAGAGUCAAUAGGACACUUCUGAUGGGACAUUUAGUGGGAACCUUGGAGGAGUCCUUAAAAUGCUGGGCCAGAUGUGAUGUCUGGGGACCACUUGGCCUCUCUGCUGAGCCCUCUAUCAAACCCCCAGGAACAUCUAACUCAGAACUCCUAAUUUGUUGUAAAUAUCUUGUGAUACUCAUUGUUCAUCUGGCUUCCUACCUCUUUAGUUGCCACAUAGACAUCUGGAGCUGUCUCUUCUUGUAAUUCAAGGCAAAGGUCUAUGGAUGAGGCUGAGGCUGAUCUAGACCUGCAGGCAGCAUGGGAUCCUGGAUCUCAAUACAGAAUGGAGGUUGUCUUGUUGUAUAGCUGUUUUACGACAUACUUUUAUUUUCCACUGUUCAUCCAGAUAAACCGAAGCUAAGGACAGGUGUUAGCACAGCGUAUAGAGAUCUGGAACCAAUGCAAGGAAGACAGAUCUAUAUUAUUAUUGCCCCCAUAAUCAUCUGGCCUGGAAGCCAAAUGACAGAGCAAGUUUAUAUCAGUCCCAUCAAACUCAAAACUAGUGAAGGUGAGGCUACUAAUAUGAAAGCUUUUCCUUAAACCUAUCCACUCAAACAGAGCAACAUUCCAUUUCUUAUUUAAUGCUGUAUGUUGUGUGUAUGCCUUCUCCUUUUGCUAAUUAUCUGAUUAUUUAAGUAAAACUCAUAAAUUAUGACUUUCUUUUUUUUAACCAGAGCUAAGGACUGAACC